AUGGAUCCCCAAUCUUCAGAGGGUGGCAACAGCACCAAGCCGCAAUGGCACCCGCUUCUAGAGACCCUCGCUGAGAACAAGGGGUUGCUCUUGCUGCAAACUCGCAUGGUUCUGACCGCCAUCGCCAUCAUCUACGUCGGCGCUCACGCUACUCUACGCCGUCCUCCUUCCGCAGCGCCCCGGACUUCCAACAAGUUCGCCAAGGAGAAGGAUGGCAAGAAGAAAAAGAAGAAGAAGGAAGAAGCCCAGUUUGUCGAGGGUUUCCAGGCUUCUGAUGCCAUCCUGUUCCCGAUACUGGCUGGCUUCACCCUCGUUGGUCUGUACUAUCUCAUUCAGUGGAUGGAUGAUCCCGAGUUCAUCAGCAAGAUCAUUAGCGGUUACUUCUCGAUCGCUUCGCUGUUCAGCCUCGGGAAGUUGCUCGGCGAUGUUAUGCACUUCACCACGAGCUUCGUCUUUCCAAACGUCUGGAAGGACGGCAAGGGCAACUUGUGGCGUUUUGAUUCACUCCGUCGACGCCAGCUGGUACGAGUUGAGGAAGCAGCCGAGGAACAACAUGUUGCUUCCGCCCAUGGUGACACCGUAGCUACAACCGACCUCACCUCCGUGGACCAGCAUGGUCUUUACCGCGACGAGUCUGGUAGCUGGCGUCCCGAUGAGAAGCACCCCAUGCCCUUCCCCGGAUUUCUCUCGACCCUGAGCUGUGGGGAUUCCACCCGAAACAAGCUCUGGGCUGUGCGGCUUCUCGUCAAGGAGCACUGGACAGUCAAAAUCGGCCUGCAUGGUUUCGGCAAGACCGAGUUCCAGCUUACCCUUUGCGACGUCCUGGGUCUUGUGGCUGCCGCCGCCGUUGCUGCCGCUUAUCAGUACACCAACGCUACCGUACUUUCCAACGUCAUGGGUCUCGGCAUGUGCUAUGGAGCGUUUCAGCUCAUGUCUCCCACUUCGUUUACCAUCGGGACCAUGGUACUUGCUGGUCUGUUUGUAUAUGAUAUAGUCAUGGUUUUUUACACGCCGUACAUGAUCACUGUGGCCACCAAGGUCGACGCUCCUAUCAAGCUAACUUUCGGCGAGCCCAAGCGGGGAAGCAUGCUCGGCUUAGGCGAUAUAGUGCUUCCGGGAAUCUUUAUGUGCCUUUGUCUCCGUUUUGACCUGUGGCGCCAUUACCAGAGCAAGAUUACAAAGACCAAGCAAAAUCUCGCGUCAGAGCUUGCAGAGAGCGAAAACAAAAACACGACAGGGGAUGCAACAAAGGUCGUCGUUGGUGAGAUCGGAACCAUCCAGACCAAGGCCGAAUACAUCGAUCCUCAGGGCCGCUGGGGUGACUUGCUCUGGACUGCCGGGCUGAAGCAAGCAAAGUCAACCGUCGGCCUAGCCUCUACGCAGUUCCCCAAGACGUACUUUAUGGCUGCGGUAUGGGGCUACGCUUUCGGCAUGGCGUUGACCAUCAGCAUGCUCCUGACAUUUAACCACGGCCAGCCCGCGCUACUUUACUUGGUGCCGUGCGUCACGGGCGCCGCGUGGCUGACAGGGAUCGUCAGGGGAGAGGUGGCCGAUAUGUGGCGAUACACGGAAGAUGGAUCUCUGGACGUCAAAGACGUAGUCGUCACGGUUGACGCAGAUGGUAAAGUCAUUGAGGAGGAUCAGGCGAAGGGUGACGCUGCGGACAAGUCUGGCGAGAAGUCGUCUUUGGUGGACAAGGAAGCGGCCGAUGCGGACCACGAGAGCAAUGAUAAGCCCAUCUCGCAGGAGGAAGCCGAAGCUCUACGCCGCGAGGGGCACGAUGUUUUCAUGUUCAUCCUGAGGGCUCCAGGUGCUGAGGAGAUGGACGAUUUCGAUGUUUGA